AUGAUACGACUUAUUUUAUUGCUUCUCUACGCGCCAAAUUUAGUGAAAGCAAUUGAGCGGAAUUGUAGCAGCAACAUUUGUUUGAAUGGAGGGAUUUGUCUAGUGAACGAUGAACAGAAGAAUUUCCACUGCGCUUGUCCGAGUGGCUUUGCCGGCACGCUUUGUCAGGAGAUUUGCUCAUUGAAUUGCAACCAAGGCAAAUGUGUUCGCGAUUCGACCGGCAAAGAGCACUGUGAAUGUGAGAAUGGGUAUCACGGGAAACAUUGCGAUAUCGUCGGUGAGAGCUCGAAGUACUGUGAGAAUGAGAGCGACUGCAAGAGUGGAUUCAAGUGUAUGGACAAUGGAACCGGGGAGAUGAUCUGCACGAAAGACCCGUGCUCGCAAAUUCCUUGCGCCUUGAAUGCAAAGUGCAUCGUUGAACAAGACGAUUUCCGCUGUGAAUGUGGUGCUGGAUAUGCGGGACGACUCUGCGAUGCGGACAUCAACGAGUGCGAGUUGGCGCCGUGCAAGAAUGGAGGCACAUGUAUCAACACCGAUGGAAGUUAUGAAUGCAAAUGUCCAAGUGGAUUGCUCGGUCCAUUCUGUGAAGACGCUGCAAGUCAAUGUGCUCCAAAUCCUUGUCAAAAUCAUGGCCAAUGCAUCGAGCUGCUUGAUGGAUUCAAAUGUUUAUGUGCUGCUGGAUUCACUGGAACAACAUGCCAACAAGGCGCUGCUGAUUUCGAUCCAUGCUCUCAAUCUCCAUGUAAAAAUGAAGGGAAAUGCAUUGUUCAUGACGAGAAAGCGUUUUGUAUUUGUUUGCCGCAAUGGAGCGGAGCCACUUGUACAGAGAUCGCGAAUUGUUUAGUCGAUGAUCAUCCUUGUCAAAACAACGGGAAAUGCGUUCGAGGAUUGGCAGUGAAUACGUGUCAAUGCGAAGCGGGGCACUCAGGGAAAUGGUGUGAGACAUCGGCGCUAAGAAAGUGGCCUGAUCCCUGUGAUGGAGUUGAGUGUCGGAAUGGAGGUAAAUGCAUUGAAGGAACUGGGGAAUGUGAAUGCUCUGGAGGAUAUACUGGGGAGAACUGUGAGAUCUCAGAAGUCAAAGGCUCCACCAUCUUUCCCCCAUCGAGAACAACGAGUUCUUUUACAUUGGUGCAGUGUUCGGAUUGUGUUCAUUCUCAUUCGUGUCUCGAGUUGGAAACUGGUGCUUUAUGUGUUUGCAUGAAAGGAUACACUGGUCCGACGUGUUUCCUAACGAAUCAGGCUUGUAACGAGAUCGAGUGUGACUCUUCACAACAAUGUCAAAUCACUCAUUCACUCAACUGGACAGUUGAAGCUGCUUGUGGUUGCCCGAUUGGAAAAGGUGGGCCAAAAUGUCAACAAGAUGUCUCAGCCACAUUCACUCAAGAUUCCCUCUAUGUCUACCAGAGUCCCUUGGUGAUGAUUGGUUCUUCAUCCGGUCCAUUACCAUACAACUUGGCGUUGAUUAUUCGAACGACUGUCCCUGAUUCGCAUAUCGUUUCUGGCGAGAAUAUCUUCGGACAACGAUUAUUUUCCCUUUUCAUUCGAAACGGCCGAUUGGUGGCUAACGUCUCUGGCACUGGCUAUUUCAACCUUUUACCCAUUGGAAUCAACGAUGGAAGCUGGAUUCGUCUCGAGUUGAGAAAAACGAGAAACGAUUUUUUGAUACGAGUGAUCGAAGAGAAUGGAUUUGAGGUUUUGUAUAGAGAAGUGCCAAGAACGUCACAAUUUGAUGUGUUCACGACGAGGAUUGGGAGAAUAUCUGAAAAGGAAUAUUUCACGGGUUGUGUCACUGAUGUGUGGAUUGAUGGAGGACCGGUGAAUAUCGGGACGAGUAAUCGAGCUGUUGCCGUUAAGCAAGGUUGUACCCGAGAGCCACAAUGCACGGAGAAUGCUUGCGCUCAUGGCGGGAUGUGUAUCGAUAUGUGGUCGAGUUAUCAAUGUCGAUGCAAGUCACCAUAUUUACCACCAUCAUGCAUCCAUCAACUUGACGGGUACACAUUUGGCGCCGAAGGUACCCAGAGUCGAGCCGUUUUGACGGUAGACGCUGAGAAUGCGAAGAAUCUACAGGCGAAAACCGAGCUCCAGUUCUUGGUUCGUUCAAAUCAACUCUCCGGAGCUGUCCUCUUUGUCGGUGACAACAAUCAAGACGAUGUGGGGACUUUUAUUUCAGCUGGAUUAGAAGAUGGGCAUUUGAUAGUCCGAGCUCGUGCUGGCGGGAAGAACGUGAUGGAGUUGCAAGCGGAGAAGUUCAUCGCCGACAAUCAGCCGCAUGUAAUCCGAAUUGAGAGAGAUAAUCGACAUGUUUCGUUGUAUAUUGAUGGAGAGUUGCAAUCAGAAUCGGAAAUCCCGGUAAGAUUCGAUCAUCCGUUAUUCGUUGAAAAGGUGAUCAUUGGAUCGAUCAAGGACACAAAUCAAGAUGCUUUUUCUUCACCUGAAAGCUUUAAAGGUUUCUUGCAAGACAUUCAACUAAAUAGUCACUCGCUUGUGCUCAAAGGGACACCAGAGUUUGAAGUGAAAACGAUUGGGAGUGUUCAAUCGACGGAUAAUGUUUUACCGGGUCUUGUCUCGGAUGACGUUUGCAGGGUAAAGACGCCUUGUGCUCAUGGGAUUUGCACGAAUACAUUCAACGACUAUAAAUGCACAUGUGAAUCGGGAUGGAUGGCUAAGAACUGUGAUGGGAAAGAUUUCUGCGCUGAGAACCCGUGCCAGAUGAAAGCUCAAUGCAUCAACACGCAUGGAGGAUAUGUUUGUACCUCAUCAGUCACUUUAAUCAACUCAUCUUUCAUCCAAUACGAUCUUCAAGUACCAAAAGGAACUCCACAAGCAAUGUUUUCAAGUCUAAACUUUGACAUCAAAGCCGCAUCAGCUGAUGGAACGAUUUUGAAUCUGUCCUCUCCUGCUUAUGCUAUAUCGUUGUCAAAUGGAAAAUUACAAUUGACAGGAAAUGGGAAGACACAUUCAGUUAAACAAAUGAUAAAUGAUGCGAGAUGGCAUCAUGUGAAUAUACAGGGAAAUGUCAUUCAGAUCGAUGAGAAGAAAUAUGGCCUACCUGAUUUCGCUCGUUUCACUGGUGGAACAAAAGUGGGCACACUUCGUUUGGGACAACAAGAAGAUCAAGCAGGGUUCCGGGGUUCUUUGUCUAAUGUGACAAUUGGUGACUCACUUCCCUUGUCAUUCUAUCGACCGGAGAACUCGGGGAAACCAGCACAAAAUGAUAUGUAUUGGAUGAUCAAAAGUUGGAAUAAGGUUGAACGAUCUUUGAUGGAGUCUCAUUCGUGCGAUGUGAACCCGUGCAAGAAUGGUGGUCAAUGUAAAGAUCUGUUGGAUCGAUUUGUUUGUGAUUGUGCGCCAGGUUUCUCGGGUGUCCGUUGUGAGAUCAACGAGAACGAUUGCGAGGGAAGAGUUUGUGGGAAUGGUUAUUGUCUUGAUGAGAUCAACAACCAUCGUUGUAUUUGCGAUGGUGAUUGGAGCGGUGAUGGGUGCGAUGUGCCGAAAGAUUUUUGUAGAAAAAAUCCGUGUAAAAAUGAUGGUGUCUGUCAGAAUUUGAAUGGUUCUUAUAUUUGCGAUUGUCAAGGUGAUUGGAUGGGUCGUCAAUGUGACGUCAUCAAAAUCACUCAAUGCAAGGAGAAACCCUGCAAGAACAGCCGGAAAUGCAUUCAGAAAGGAAAUAAAUUCACAUGCUCUUGCUUGCCUGGAUAUAAAGGAACACUUUGCGAAGAAUAUAUUUCCCCAUGUUUCUCAAGACCUUGUAAACAUGGAAUCUGCAAGGAAAGCGGCGACUCGUAUGUCUGUGAAUGUGCUUUGGGGUAUUCUGGGAAAAACUGUGAGCGUUUGGUUCCGAGCUGUACAAUGAACAAUCCAUGCUCGAGGGGACGAUGUGAGAAUGUUUGGAAUGGAACACUUUGUCAUUGUGAUAAAGGAUGGCAAGGGUGUGAUUGUUCGGUUGACAUAAACGAGUGUCUAUCGAUUCCAUGCGAAAACGAUGGUGAAUGUUUGAAUUCGGAUGGAGGUUACACUUGCCAUUGUCGAAAGUAUUACCUUGGAGAUCGUUGUGAAGUAGCUGGAUCAUGUCUGACCGAUCCUUGCUUUCACGGGGAAUGCCUUCAAAUUCGACACGAUGAACACCAAUGUAAAUGCAUAAAAGGAUAUGAAGGGAUCAAUUGUGAGACUCGAAUCGAUUACUGCAAGAAGAGCGCAUGCAAGAAUGGAGCCACUUGCGAGAGUCUCCUUGGAGAAUAUAAAUGCCAUUGUAUUGCCGGAUUUUCCGGAAUCGAUUGUGAAACGGAUAUUGACGAGUGUGCGGCAAAACCGUGUCAAAAUCAUGGGAUUUGCAAGGAUCGAGUAGCUGAUUACGAAUGUCUUUGUGAUUCAACUGGAUUUAGUGGAAAGAACUGCACAAUUGACGUGGACGAGUGCUUAGUGAAGUCGAAUUGUAUUCGUGGACAAUGCACAAAUCUUCCGGGUGCAUAUCGAUGUCAAUGUGAAGCUGGUUAUGUUGGCACAAAAUGCUCAAUGAGAGAUCCAUGUCUUCCUGAUGAGAACAACAAAACGAUGCACGCUUGUGUGCACGGAGUUUGCUCGAAUCCUGGAGUCAAGUUGGAAUUGGGUCGAGAAGUGGCUACACAUGAGUGCACGUGUAGUCGAGGGUAUUCAGGACCGAUGUGCUCAAUAGAGAUGUCUGAACGAAAGCUAGCCGUUAGUUACAUCCUUGGCCCUCUUGUUGCCGUUCUUCUCGUUCUUUGCCUUCUCGGUUGUGCUCUCUUCGUUUUCGUUCUCAAGGGUAAACGAGCCACUCACGGGCACUACAGUCCAAGUAAUCAAGAGGUGACUGGAGCGAGAUUACAGAUGAAUUCGAUGAUCAAGCUACCUCCAGAAGAACGCCUUAUC